AUGACCGGCGCCGCCUUCCUCCUGCUGCUCAUCUUGACAGAUGACGGGUCCUGCAAAGUGUGCAGCUAUCAGGACGUUCUGGACUACCUGAACCUGACAGCGGACAACAGCGUGUUUAAACUGACCCGGCCCGUUCGGGACCACACACACAUCACUGUGGUGAAGCUGGACAUCAUCGUCUAUGCCAUCCUGGCGGUGGUUGAAAAAACACAAACGUUUGUUCCUUUCAUCUGGGCGUCAAUGCAGUGGAACAACGAGUUCAUCUCAUGGGACCCGGCUCAGUUUUGUGGAAUCACUCAGAUUUCGGUUCCUAAAGAUCUGCUCUGGAAACCAGAUCUCUUCAUCUACGAGAUGAUAGAGAAGGACGACUCGCCUCAGUACCUGAACAUAUUGGUGAAUUUUGAUGGCACCAUCAUUGCUGGUGACGACAUUCGUGUUGUCAGCACCUGCAAGAUGGACGUCCACAGGUUUCCCUUUGACACUCAAGAAUGCAGCAUAUCGAUUGGUUCUGCAGUUUACUGCGAGAAGGAAAUGCGAAUUCUUGCCUCUUCGAACUCGUCUCGAGUUACCCAGUUUUCACAGCAGAUCAUGAAGACGCAGGGAGAGUGGGAGUUCCUGCGUCUGUCUGUCAACAACUCCCUUCUUACCUACGAGAAUAGAAGCUGGGACAUGCUCAUGUAUACAGUCACCAUAAAGAGAAGGCCCCUCCUCCAUGUCAUAAACUUCCUGUUGCCCAUCCUGUUCUUCCUCUCCCUGGAUCUCGCCUCCUUCUUCAUCUCGGACCAUCGAGGGGAGAAACUGGGCUUCAAAGUCACGGUUCUGCUGGCCAUCUCUGUCCUCCUGGUCAUCCUUAAUGACAUUCUGCCUGCCAUGUCCAACAGGACUCCACUGAUAGCAACCUACUGCAUUGUGGUUUUCGCUCUGAUGCUGCUGAGUCUUUUGGAGACGAUCCUGGUCACGUAUCUGAUUGAAAAAGAUGAGUUCAGCCCACAGGAGAACCAGGAGAACAAGCAAAAACAUACCAAAACUAAGAAUUGUGACAAAGGUGAGAAGCAUCAGAACAGUAAGUCUCACAUUAAUGCAUUGGUGCCCAACUUGUAG